AUGGGCGUGACCAUGUCUUCCUCCAUGGUCGCCGGCGGCGGCGACGAAGAGAUGGAUGGGUUCGUUGCCGGGUUGCGUCCCGCCGGCCACUUACACACCUCCACCGCAGGGAUUGGCGGCUCGUUGCUUCUUUGUCGGCGGUGCGGCGGAGGCAGGAUUGGUGACGAUGAUCGCGCCAACAAAGGCCGCGAUGGGGUGGGCGGCUACAGCGGAGGAGGCGGCGGGGUCGGCCAAGGCCUGAACAACAGUGGAGCUGUUCAGUCCAGACGCUAUUCUUUCCUAACAUCAGUAGCUACAAUUGACAACCAAUGA